AUGUGCCCCGCCCCCACAGCCAUCGACGACGGCGAGCUGCGCGACGUGCUCGCGCUGCUGCUCGUGGACGAGCUGGAGCAGAUCACCGUCUCGCUGGGCGUGAAGACCGGGCGGCGCACCAGGCUGGCGCUGGUCAGGGCGCUGCUGCGACUCCGCGUCUCUGGCCCGCAGCAGGGCUGCCUGCUGCAGGAGAGGGUGAGAGGCGUGCUGGGCGGGUGCGUGCGGGUGCUCGCCGGGCCCCGCGAGCUGGUGGUGCGCGCGCUGCUCUCCGUCGCCGCCUGGCUGCCCGUGCCCCGCGACGGCAACCGCCUGCGCGCCGUCCGCACCAUCCUGCUGCAGGACUGCCCCAGGCUGCUGGUGCCCGAGGGGCUCCCCGGCGGACACGGCCCGACGCAGAGCAUGUUCCACACCAGGCAGCAGCUCCUCGAUUGGCAAGCCGUAGUCAACGAACGGGUGGCUCUGGGGAAGGCCAUCGCCGGCGGUAAGACGACGGAGGUGCUGACGAUCAGCGCCGAGGUGCUGGUCCAACUGCGCGCCCACCUGGAGUCCAACAACACCACGACUCCACAGAGCCGCGCCAUCGGCGGCGCCAUGGUCGAGCUGCUGGACGCGGCCUCCGAGGCCCUCGCGAGGGAGGCCGACGUGGACGCCGCGGCCGUGACGGUGCUGCGGGUGCUGCUGGGGCAGCACGAGCUCGUCCAGGAGCGGCGCGCGGCGUGGGCGGUUCGGCUCGCCGCGCUGCUGCAGACGCGGAUGCUCGACUACCAGGGGGCGGCCGAGCUGCUGGUCCGCGAACUCGAGGACGGGGGCCACCGCGGCUCGCACCGGUGCCGCCUCGAGGAGCGGGCGCGCACAGUGCUCCGCGGGUCCAAGUGCGCCGUCGGCAAGGGGGUCCGCGGCGCGCUGGAGGACACCUGCGCGCGGCUGCAGGCGCUCCUGCCCGACAAGGACCGGCCCGAGUUCCCGACGGUGACGAUUCGAUCCAGUGCCUGCGCGAGGUCUGCCCCCGGCAUGAAGAGGGUGUACGUGAGCAAGCCCAGAGGCCAGGCCGUGGAGUACCUGUCUGUGGAGGAGCGCGCCAUGGUCCACUACGCCGACGAGUACCCGCGCGGCGCGGACGACGAGGGCGAGACGCUGCUGUCGCUGGCGGUGCUGGCGUUGUGGAAGGAGGUGUACGACGCGGAGGUGUCGGGGGCUUGGGGGACGCCGGUCCAGGACCGCCCACUGGACUGGGGCACGGACAGCUUCUGGGUGGCGAGGCACCUCACCAUGGAGCAGCGACUGCAGAGCAUGCUACGGCGCGCCCAGGACGCCGGCGAGGAAGCUGGCAGCAGGGCGCUGGCCGCCGACCUCUCCAAGGCCAGAGAAGCCCGCCACGGGACGCCCAGUCUGGUGCGCUGGGACCUGCUGCAGGGGCUGGACAUAGAGGAGUUGCUGAAGUGCUUGACGGUACCACUAUUCGUCGCAAUCUGCAGACGAUUUUUCCUCGACUUUUGCUCAUACAGACAAGGCUUUCCUGAUUUGCUUUUAUGGAAUCCCGAGAACGGCAAGAGUUUGUUCGUCGAAGUGAAAGGUCCCGAAGACACACUCGGCCCCCAUCAAGUCAAGUGGCUCGAGUUCCUAAGAAGUCAUGAAGCACAAGUGGAAAUUGCAAUUGUUCAGGUUCGAACGGAAUGACACUACGCAAUCCGUUCACAACGUUAAGGGUAGCUCGAACUACCCUCAAAUUGUGUGUGCAAAAUUCAUUUACUUUUUGUUUAAUAGACAGUCGAUGGACUCAUUAUCAAUCAACCUUCUAAGGUGAAUGUGAUUUUGGUUCCAACUUUUGUCCCUGUAUUUAAAUUACAUUAGUACAGUUUUGUUACUUGAUUUGUUACCAA